UGGACUGGUCAAUUUGGAGGCUCUUCCAGGUGGGGGCGAGCUACGUGUCCCAAAGUAGGGUUCUAUGCUCUCUUAUAGUAUGUAGCUAAAAAAAACUAGUGCCAGCUAGAUAAUUACUUACGCCACUUGAAAACUUCUAGCCUGCAUUCUGCGCUAAGAUCUGUGUACGACCAAGGCUUAUUGGUAACUAACGUUACCCAACCGUAAGAGCCGUUUUGAUUCGGAGUGUAUUCCAGGCACCAUGGAAGAUCUCGAUGCUUUACUGGCAGACUUGGAGUCUACCACCUCCCACAUCUCCAAGCGGCCCGUAUUUCUCCCAGACGAGACCCCCUACUCCUACCCCACAGGAGGACACGCCCCCCAGGUGCUCCUCUCCCCUCCCCCUGCAGUGUCUCUCUCAGACGAGAGCCUGAACGGAACGGUCUUGGACACACUUCACUGCUCCUCACAGAAAAGUGCCUUAUCCAGCAGCCCCCCUCCCCAGCAGACUGAAGAGGAUCACAUCUACAGUUUCCUAAACAAGCCGAAGAGCACCAACGUAAUGGCUUCAGACAUGAGCUCCUCCUUGGGCAACAACCUGUCUGAACUGGACCGCCUGCUUCUGGAGCUCAAUGCUGUCCAGCAUGUCUCCCCUUCCUUCCCCACAGAAGAGGAGACUGCUCCACCCCUGCCCUCCAGCAGCACCACCAGCUAUGUGCAGAGGAACGGGGUUUCACCUCCAGAAAAGGUGCCUCACCCCACAAUAGAGAAGCCCAGGAGAAUUGGACCUGUCAAGGUGGUUCAGGAUGUGCGCCCCAGUGUGGACAGCCUCCUAGAUGAACUAGAAUGUUCUGUGUCCGCUAAGCCCACAGCUUUUGUGGUGACAGAGCCGCUGAUGGAUGAACAUGAGACGUCAGGGCAGCAUCAGGCACGGAUGUCCGCCUCAUCUGCCACACGGGAACUCGACGAGCUCAUGGCCUCGCUGUCUGACUUUAAGGUCCAGAGCAACAUCAUGGCACAGGAGAAAGAGUCUCCUAAAGCCCACCCCAAGCAGAACAACAAGCUGGACAACAUGCUGGGCAGCCUGCAGUCAGACCUCAACCGCCUGGGGGUUCAGACCGUGGCCAAAGGCCUGUGUGGGGCCUGCAAGAAGCCCAUUGUUGGACAGGUGGUGACAGCCAUGGGGCGCACAUGGCACCCGGAGCACUUCGUCUGUACCCACUGUCUGGAGGAGAUCGGCUCCAGAAACUUUUUUGAGCGUGAUGGCCAGCCUUACUGUGAGAAGGACUACCACAACCUGUUCUCUCCGCGCUGCCACUACUGUAACGGACCUAUACUAGACAAAGUUGUUACUGCGUUGGACAAGACCUGGCACCCAGACCACUUCUUCUGUGCUCAGUGUGGAGAAUUCUUUGGUCCAGAUGGUUUCCAUGAGAAAGACGGGAAGGCCUUCUGCAAGAAGGACUACUUCAACAUGUUUGCCCCCAAGUGUGGCGCCUGUGCUCAUGCCAUCCUGGAGAACUACAUAUCAGCCCUCAACUCCCUCUGGCAUCCGGAGUGCUUUGUCUGCAGGGAGUGUUUCAGCCCCUUUGUGAACGGGAGCUUCUUUGAGCACGAGGGCCAGCCCUACUGCGAGGCCCACUACCACGAGCAGAGAGGCUCGCUCUGCUCCGGCUGUCAGAAGCCCAUCACCGGCCGCUGCAUCACCGCCAUGGCUAAGAAGUUCCACCCGGAGCACUUUGUCUGUGCCUUCUGCCUCAAGCAGCUCAACAAGGGCACCUUCAAGGAGCAGAAUGACAAGCCCUACUGCCAGGGCUGCUUCAUCAAGUUGUUCAGCUAAGUGACAGAAUGUAGGUGUUUGUGUGUAUACCCAGAGUGUGUGCGUGUGUAUGUGUGUGUAUGUCAACAUUGAUCGUUAGAUUGACACUCACUCUUUGGGACGUCGAAGCAGAGGACAAAUAGUGGCGUUCCACGAUGUCUCCUACAGACGCUUGACACUUCAACCAGCUGUGUUCGGAGUUUGAUUGAGAAUGAGCUUCUAACAAAGCCAAAAGAAACGCUUUAAAUACUAAAGAGUUGUCACUUUAUGCAGAACAACUGUCAAGUUAUGAGAGAUUUAAAUUUCUAAUGUUGGGGAUUGUCUUGUUUAUCUUUUGGCCCAAUUUUUUGUCAGAUUAUGUGUGCAUGACAGACCAGUGCUUAGCUAAUGGGUAUUGGAAUCAGUAAAUAUGUAAUAUUUUUCUAGACGCAAAACACAAUAAGGUGCCACUGCAAACCCAGACAAGCAGACACAACCUCUUCUCUUCAAACCCAGACAAGCAGAUGGAAAACACUCGGUUUUUGUGUUUAUCAAUCAUCCCCUUGGUCUCACUUCAGCCUAAACAGUACUGUCAAUCCUAUUCUUUCUCUCUUUUUCUCUUUCUCUAAAUCCCUUAAUGGUGCAGUGUGUAACUUGGUAUGGUCACUAUAUCAGGAUACUAUUUUUGUACAAUUUUCCUGUGGAAAUUUUACAUUCAAGAAGGACUGCAGCAUAUUGUGGAUAAACAAAUCUAGGCAUGUAGGUCUUUCCUUGUAGGUUUUUCCCAUGGAAUCACAUAAUUUAUAAAUACAAACUCACACUCACACUUCAAACAAAGAUGACAGUAUCAAACUCACAAAUGUCUUAUAUACAAAAAAAACUACUUGUUUAAUUUUUUCCUGUAAGGUACUAUACAUCCAUAUGACGCUAUGGCUCCUGCUUUUAUUAGCAUAUCAAAUAUUCAUAGAAUGAACCCAGCAUGUACUACACCAAUGUGCCAAGAAAUCUUUGUUUGAAUUUAAAUUAUGUCACAUCUGAACUGAUUGGAAAAAACUAAUUUUCUCUCAAUUUUAUUCAAAACACUGUAUUUAAUUUUAUUAAAUACAUUUCUGACACAUUUUAUAAAGGAUUGGUAACUUUCUAAUAUAUAUAUUUUUUUUUGGGGGGGGGGGGUGAUAAUUAAAAUCAACACGCCUGGUACCAUAUAGAUAAGCAGGAACCAUUGGAAAUCAUGCAGAACAGAUAAGACUGAAAAAAAGCUUAGUCUAGGAAAGACUAAUUUGCAUUUGGAUUUUCUGCUUGUGUUUGCCAACAGAUUUACAGUAGCAAAGUCUUAAACUAAUAGAGAAUAUAUGAAUAUAUGCUUGUCUCCAUACUCAGCGACUUUAUAAGAACUACAGCAUCUGCAAUGAUAAUACUUUGUUCUUCAUUACUUUGAAAAAUAAGUAAGACAGAGCUUCUGAGUAAUAUGGGUGCAUGUAUCAACAUAAUAAUUCCAUGUGCCAUUAAUGUUGCUAAUCUAUUCCAAUGUGCUGUUUAGUCACAAUUUGCUGUCAGUUUCUUUAUCAAUCAAAUGUUUUAAUACAUUACAUGGCAUUGUGAGAUGGUUUAGUGUUGUCACUUUAUAAAGAAAAUAUUUGAGCUCUGGAGAUGACACUGAUAUGCAACGAGCUGGCUCUGAGGACGUAUAAAAACUAUGGACACAAAACACACAUAUACGGACUGGCAAGCUACACCAGCACCAGUUAUGAUUGAAAACCGCUUUGAAAUGCCUCCAUGCUACUGUAGUUCUUAAUACUAACUUUUUCGAUGUCCAAAAAGUCGAUUGGUUAGCUUGUUGCCUACCUUGAAUAGCUUGUUGGUUAACUUGUUGUUUUUAAUACAUGUUAUAUUGAUCAUGUUUUAAAUAUUAAAUAUCAAGCACUGUUUGUGCACUUGUUACUCUGCAUUGAAACCUGAAGAGGUGUCACUGGUGAACCCUGUCACUCACUCCAUCUGUCCAGAGUUUGCUUGCUUCACAAAUAGUCUCCUAUUUAACAUUUUAUAUUGCUUGGAAAAAGUAAAUGUAUCAAUAACACCAAAUUAAAGUAAUUACUUAGUCAGUAGCCACACUGUUAACAAAUGUUGCUUACUUGUGAGGUAUAAAAGUGGGUGAAGCAACCACAAUCUACAUGUUACACCUCUGCUCACUUGGUGGGCUAUUUUAUCAUAUGUAGUGGCGUAUAUGUAGUAUUAUUUAGAAAGAUUUCUCUAAUAAAAUACAAAGCACUGUUUGUGUAUUUCUCAGUCUUUGCCCAAAUCAGAACCAGAGGCCUUGGACAGAUGAGAGGGGGCAGGGUUGGGGAGUGACCUGUUGGGAAUUACCUCCUGGUUACUGAUGCCUCACCAGAGUACAAAAUGCCAACGGCAUUGCUGGUCCUAUUGACCAGCAAGGGGGUCUUCAGGGACAGGUUGUAAAACACUGGUACAUUAAACCAUAUUUGAGCCUUUAAAGUAUCUUAUGUAUUCAACUGAUUUAUGAAUGUUCAUUCUUUCAAUUUACCUUGAAAUGUUGAUUUAUUCUUUGAUUUUUUGGUGGCUUUGUUUGUUUUUCAUGACGUUUCAAUUUAUUGAAAAUGAUUGUUUAUAACUAUACUCAACACUCGCUAUACUACAGUUUCAGUUAUUUUAUAUUCUUUAAUGAAUGUAGAUUUGUGCUUGUGCCAAAUUUCAACGCUAUGUCUAAAACACUGUGGAGCUGAUGUGACUUUCAGCGUGUUUUCAGAUUGACAGUGAUAGCUGGUGUGCAAAUGUUUUUAUCAUUCUAAAAUUUGGUUCAGUAGGUUAGGUUGUACUUCUUUCAAAGUAUUUUUAUAUCUAGAUUGAUGUAAGUGUGAGCUUUAUCUUCAAAAGGCCUGUAUGACUGAUUUGAUUUUUAUUUUCUCAUGCCCUCUUUAGCCCUAAAUGGGAGUCUAGUUUUUGGGGAAGGAAAUAUGGCUACUGAUUUUAGAUGCAUUUAUUGAUUAUUUAAUUACUGUGAUUGCUGUCAUUAAAAAACUAUUUUCUGUUU